AUGUCUUUUGAUAGAAAUGAAGAUAACAGCUUAAAAUUUAGGAGUUCUAAAUCACUUCCUGUAUCAGCUUCCUUCGAGGCUAUGAAGCUACAGGAUAAUCUACUACGAGGAAUUUACUCGUAUGGAUUUGAAGCUCCAUCAGCAAUUCAAUCCAGGGCCAUCACUCAAAUUAUUAAAGGCAAAGAUGUAAUUGCUCAGGCUCAGUCGGGUACAGGUAAGACCGCUACUUUCACCAUUGCAAUGCUCCAGAUAAUCGAUAUGAAAAGUAAGGAUUGUCAAGCGUUAGUUUUGUCUCCCACAAGAGAACUAGCCGUACAGAUAUCUCAAGUGGUUACCAAUUUAGGAGGGUACAUGAAUGUCGUGGCACAUGCCUGCACGGGCGGUAAAGCGCUUCAACAGGAUAUUAACAAGUUCAACAAAGGCUGCCAUGUUGUGAGUGGCACUCCGGGGCGUGUUCUAGAUACGAUUAAGAGGCGUGCCCUGAACACAAGACAUAUCAAGAUGUUAGUUCUCGAUGAGGCGGACGAAUUGUUGAGCGAUUCCUUGGGCUUCAAACAGCAAAUAUACGAUAUAUUCACCAAGCUUCCGACAUCUGUACAGGUAGUUUUGAUUAGCGCAACAAUUAGCAAAGACGUAUUAGAAGUCGUGAAGAAAUUGAUGACAGAUCCGGUAAAGCUUCUUGUUAAAAGAGAUCAGAUUUCUCUUGACGUCAUCAAGCAGUAUCAUGUAAACGUGGAGAAAGAGGAGUGGAAAUUUGACACGCUUUGUGAUCUUUACGACUCCCUCACUAUUAAUCAAUGUGUGAUUUUCUGCAAUACAAAGAAAAAGGUGGAUUGGUUAUCCCGAAAACUCCUGCAGACAAACUUUGCUGUAUCUUCUAUACAUGGAGAUAUGCAGCAAGAUGAACGUGAGAAGGUCAUGAAUGACUUCCGAUCAGGCAGCUCAAGACUCCUGAUAUCCACGGAUGUUUGGGCUCGUGGUAUUGAUGUCCAGCAAAUUUCUUUAGUUAUCAACUACGACAUACCAGAGCUUCUGGAGAAUUACAUCCAUCGUAUUGGUAGAUCCGGCAGAUUCGGACGUAAAGGUAUUGCAAUCAACUUCAUUACCAGAGACGAAGUUUCGAAGCUGAAAGAAAUUGAAAAGCAUUAUUCCAUCAAAGUCAAGCCAAUGCCCGCGAACAUUGAAGAUCUUUGUUAA